GAUCACGUUUCAUUUCAAGGUUAAGUAGUAUAUAACUCAAGUCACAAUGGUGUUAGCAGAUUUAGGACGUAAAAUUACGUCCGCGCUGCGGUCUCUGAGCAAUGCAACGGUAAUCAACGAAGAUGUUCUAAAUGCUAUGCUAAAGGAAAUAUGUACUGCUCUUUUGGAAGCUGAUGUUAACAUACGGCUAGUCAAAGAUCUGCGAGAAAAUGUUCGUGCUGUCAUUGAUUUUGAUGAAAUGGCAGGGGGAUUGAAUAAACGCAGAAUGAUUCAGAGUGCGGUCUUUAAGGAGUUAGUUAAGCUUGUGGAUCCGGGUGUAAAAGCUCACCAGCCAGUGAAGGGAAAGCCGAAUAUCAUCAUGUUUGUGGGUCUUCAAGGUUCUGGUAAAACAACCACAUGUACUAAGUUGGCAUACCAUUACCUCAAGAAGAACUGGAAAGCUUGCCUUGUUUGUGCAGACACAUUUCGAGCAGGUGCUUAUGAUCAGCUGAAACAAAAUGCUACCAAGGCCAGAAUUCCCUUCUAUGGAAGCUACACCGAAGUGGAUCCUGUGGUCAUUGCACAGGAUGGUGUUGAGAUGUUCAAGAAGGAGGGAUUUGAAAUUAUCAUUGUUGACACAAGUGGGAGACAUAAACAGGAAGAGUCACUUUUCGAAGAAAUGUUACAAGUUUCUAACGCCAUAAGACCAGAUAAUAUUAUUUUUGUGAUGGAUGCAACAAUUGGUCAAGCUUGUGAAGCCCAGGCUAGAGCUUUCAAGGAGAAAGUUGAUGUAGGUUCUGUCAUUGUAACAAAAUUGGAUGGGCACGCAAAGGGUGGAGGAGCACUUAGUGCUGUUGCAGCUACACAAAGCCCGAUCAUUUUCAUUGGAACAGGAGAGCAUAUCGAUGAUUUUGAGCCGUUUAAGACGAAGCCAUUUGUAAGUAAGCUUCUUGGAAUGGGGGACAUUGAGGGAUUGAUUGACAAGGUGAAUGAACUGAAGCUGGAUGACAACGAGGAGUUGAUAGAGAAGAUCAAACAUGGCCAGUUCACGCUGAGGGAUAUGUAUGAACAGUUCCAAAAUAUUAUGAAGAUGGGACCUUUCUCCCAGAUCAUGGGUAUGAUUCCAGGUUUUAGUCAGGAUUUCCUAUCAAAAGGUAGUGAACAAGAAUCAAUGACGAGACUAAAACGACUUAUGACGAUAAUGGACAGCAUGAAUGAUGGAGAGCUGGAUAGUAGGGAUGGAGCAAAACUGUUCACAAAGCAGUCUGGGCGUGUAAUUCGAGUCGCUCAGGGUGCUGGCGUCACCGAGAAAGAAGUGAAAGAUCUGAUUUCACAAUAUACAAAAUUCGCCGCAGUAGUAAAGAAGAUGGGCGGCAUCAAGGGACUAUUCAAGGGUGGAGACAUGGCAAAGAAUGUAAAUCAGGCUCAGAUGACAAAACUGAAUCAGCAAAUGGCUAAGAUGAUGGAUCCAAGAAUCCUACAACAAAUGGGUGGAAUGUCUGGACUGCAAAGUAUGAUGCGACAGUUGCAGCAAGGUGCUGGUGGUCUAGGAAAUCUCAUGGGUUUUGGGGGAAAAUCAUGAGCUCUACAGUUGAUGUAAAUGAACAAAGACAUUUAAAGAGUGUAAUAAUAUUUUAAAAGACAAUUUUGUUAAAUUCUCUCUGAUAACACAUGGUGAAGCAAGUUAACAGAUGGUCUUUUAGCAUGGCUGCUGUGAAGUGACAAACUCUCAAGUCAUAUCUGCUCCAGUGUGUACAUAAAUAUUGCAGCUUUGAUGAGAGAUUUAGUCAACUGUGAGUAGCAGUAGCAAAAAUUUAGUUAGCAUUAAAUUAAGAGUUGAUAUUUCUCAUGAGAGCUGUUGAAUGAAUGAUGAGUGCGUAAUAUUUACAUGAUGAUUCUAGAUUUGGAAGAUAGAGAUUCUUAUCUUUUUACAUUUCCAAAAUUUGAGAUUUGGGGUACUGAUAGUGGUGAAGGUGUUGAUUGUGAUCUUCUUGGUUGUAACACCAUGCAGUCAUGUAGGAACAUUAUGUUUCCCUCAGUCAGUACAGUGACUGGCUACGGACUGGAUGAUGACCAGGGUUUGAUCCCCAACGGGGGCAGAGGAUUUUUCCUUUAGGGCCCUUGUCCACGACAAGAAUUUUAGCCGUCCGCUGUUCCGAUAGAUUUACCGGGUUGGUAGUGAUACAUUGUUUCAUAUGAGAGUUUGUCCACGAGCCAUCAAGGCAAAUCUACCGGUCCGGCUGAGGGAUGGAGCACCGGGUUCCCACUGUAGAGAUGGCAGCCGGAUGGUGCACCGUGUUCACAGUGACAAGGCGAGCUCGCCGUCAGUCAUCAGUUGGCCUUGAGAGAGCAUGCAAGUUUCAUAGUCUGUAGUAUUCUUUCUUUUUUUUGCAGUUCCGCAUAUUGGUGUCUUCAUGUUUCAAAUGGAUGCAUAAAAUUGUCAGUAACUUGUCAAAUUUUUCUUUUGACAUUCUAAAAAAAUUAACGUGCUUUGCGUCGUCCUGUUGUAGUUUUUUAAACAGAGUACUAAAUGCACCAAAUUUAAAUGUCGUGCAACACAGGAUGCACCCAAUACCUUCUACGUUGUCGCUGUUUCUUUUUGUAAAAAUAAUAUAGUGCAAUGAUGGUGCAUACAUCCUUAUCCAUUCUACCGCACCCAUGCACAGACUCACCCCGACUCGAGUGAAAUAUUUUCUGCGCGCCUGCCGUCUCCGUGGACAAGGCCACCCGGUUUUAUUUACCGGUCGGCGGAAUUACCGUUCCGGCAGGAAUUCUUUUCGUGGACAAGGGCCCGUAGUGUCUGCAUCCAGACCGGUCCUGGGGCCCACCCAACCUCCUAUCCAAUAGGUACAAGGAUCCUUUCCCAGGGUAAAGUGCAGCUGGGGCGUGACGCUGACCACUCACUCCCUUAUACUGCUGAAGUCAAGAAUGAGUAGGAGUUAUACCUUGUCUCCCCCCAAGCAUCUUCAUGGCAUAUCGUGGGACAGCUUUACUUUACAUUUUUACUUCAUUGAAGAUGGAGGCAAUAUGUUGGUCUGAAAUGUUGGUAACAACCUACAGGACUGCACAGCAUUGUAACCUGGAAAACCACAUCCAACUCUUGGAGUUAAUUAAAAUAUUUUAGUUUGUAUAGUAAGUCUUGUUUAGAGAGAUGUUGCUAUGUAUAUAAAGAGAGUGCUUACAAAUUGUUUUAUUUGGAAGGUGUACAUAAAUCUUGUCAUACUUUUUUUAAAUAUGAAUGUUAUUGUUUUUUAACGACUUUAAUAAAUUUCUGUGGAGUGUUAA